AUGAAACGUCGCAAUAGUAAACUGAUUGAUAAAGAAUUAUCCAAAGAGAAAAAAUCUCGUGGGCGUCAAAUUAAAAUUUUGUUAUUAGGUGCUGGCGAAAGUGGUAAGUCGACGUUUUUAAAACAAAUGCGAAUCAUCCAUGGUGAAGAAUAUAGUCAAAAGGAUCUUAUGGAAUUCAAGAACCUCAUUUAUGGCAAUGUGGUGAAAAAUAUGCGUGUUCUAAUUACUGCAAGGGAUUCACUGGGAAUCAAAUGGGCUAAUGCAGAUUAUGAGGAUUACGCCCAAGAAUUGUUAGCAAUUGAUACCAAAUCGACAGUAUUCGAUUAUGCCGCAUUUAUGUCUUACGCUGGCAAAGUUGUCGAUUUAUGGCAAGAUCGUGCAAUACAGCAAACCUACGACAAAAGGAAUCUUUACCAGCUGAGCGAUUCAACAUAUUAUUUCAUGGAUCGAAUGAAAAGUCUGAUGGAUAAGGCUUAUGUACCAACGAAACAAGACGUUUUAAGAUCACGUAAAGCUACGACUAAUAUCGUUGAACUAACUUUGAAUAUCAAUCGGGUUCCGUUCACUUUUGUCGACGUUGGUGGUCAAAGAUCGCAAAGGCGCAAAUGGCUACAGUGCUUUGAAGGUGUAACAUCAGUUUUGUUUUUGGUUUCAUCGUGUGCAUACGAUCAGGUCUUACUAGAAGAUAAUAGAACGAAUCGAAUUGUUGAAUCCUGCCAGAUAUUUGAUACAAUAAUCAAUAAUAAGUUUUUCGCAAAAGUAGCCAUCAUCUUAUUCUUCAAUAAGACUGACAUCUUGAUAGAAAAAGUUUCACUUGUCAGCAUAAAAGAUUACUUCCCGGAGUUUAGCCGUGAUCCUAAGAAGAUUGAAGACGUUAAGCAUUUCUUGAUCACUAUGUUUGAAAAAGUGAGCAAUGAUCAAAAGCGUGGACUUUAUCAUCACUUCACUACUGCUACUGACACUGAAAACAUUAAAUUCGUCUUCAAUGCUGUCAGAGAAAUGAUCUUGGAAGAAAAUAUGAGUAUAUUGAUGCUACAGUGA